AAGAACCUUCAGUAGCUUUCGGUUCAGUCUUCUUGCAGUCUUCGCUUUAGCCCGUUCCGAUCUAUCCGCCGCGUUCUCUCGCAGUGUUUCAGUAUCAUAAAAAAAUUCACCUGUAACUCACUGGUAAAAAUAGCAUGUGCGUGUGAUCCUGCUUACCUUUCGACGUAAGCUAAUUGUCCGUUGACAGUCUUCGCGCGCCGAGCUAGUUUUUUUUCCGAUCCGUAAUUUCUGCGCGACGACCCUUCUACCACUUCACGAAAACACAGAAAAAAAAAUUAAAAAAAAACAAGUAAGGCUUCCGCGGGAAUUCAACCCCACGCGACCUGUGCGCUGUUCUGGCCUUGGCCAGUUCACCUAUCCCUGAGAAAUAAGAAGAGUGAGUGCGGGAAAGCGAAGAGAAAAAAAAUCCAAGCCCGAGAUCAACAGCCCCUUCCGCCAGAAGAAAAAAGCUAAUCGAGCAACAGGAAGAAAAAAUAGUGUUCUAGAGUGGUACCCGGUGGCCGGAAACACAUCAUCGCAGAUCAUCGCUAUCGGUUGUUCCGCACACAGUUAGACACACAGCGCGAAAAGAAGUAGUAGAAGCGAGAAGUGCUCCAGCCAGUGUCCCUUCCUAAUUUUUAACCUCCCCCCAUCUGCGAAAUUCCAAAAAUCUCCCGAUCCCGAACUCCUGCUGAAGACCGGCGAUCGGUUUGAAACGGAUCGAAACGUUGGUUGACCACCACACGACCGCACUGACAUAUUAGAGAGGCUGUUUUGAUUGAUAGGUUGAAACUCGCGGAAAUUUGUUGUGACAGUUACAGACAGACCUGGAGGCAAUUGUGCAAUUUUGUAAACAGUAAGUUCGGUAACAGAGGGGCUUGAAAAGAAGUAUACCUGAGAGGAAAUUUUGUUGAGAUUUGUUUUUGUUUUAAGUUGUAAGGCGAAACGAGUUAAAUAAUUGAAAAUCAGGAGUGAAAAAAGGGGUGUUUGAGCUUUUUAAUCGAGAAAGUUAGGAAUUACGUAGACAUUGCUCAAUAGUUACGGUUCGUAGUUAUAAUAUAGUAAGAGGCAAAGGAAGAAGCAAAAAUAUUUUCUGAACAUUUUAACCAAAGAUUUUUUCUCCCUUUCUCGAAACGUUCGCUAGAUCUUUGAACACACUCGAAAAAAAAAACAAACAAAUAGGCGCAAGUUGGUGUUGUGAGAUUUUUGUCGGUGUUUUUUUUUUUGCGUGCAAUAGCAACAGAACUUUGAACAUCUAAAAUCUAGACUUAAAUCAAUACCUAACUAUACACUUAAGUAGUGCUUAAGCGAGAGACAAUCAACAUAUCAGAAAACGUGAACAAGAGAGAAGGGGUUUGUGGGGCUCUGUCAUCAAGUUUUGUACGGGCGAACUGGUCCGAGUUCUGACUUUGAUAAGUCCCCGCUGCCCUCGUCCGCCGAGCUACGAGUCACCAGAAGAAGCUAAAUAAAACAAGUUUUUUUUUCUCUACCGUUCCUCGAUCUUCACCGGGAGCCAACGUUGUCCCUCCCGUCCCAGAAAGAAUCUCUCCACACCGCAGUGAAGCAACUUCAGUAUUACCCAGCCAACCAAAAGUGAGAAUCUAGAGAACGAAAAAAAAGCACUCACACACAUAGACGCAAAAAAAAUGACAAGAAUUGAGUAAGAUCGGGAAUCAAAACGAACCGCAAAGAAUAGGCCCCAGAGGACAAAGGUAUAAUAGCAAGAAGAAGAAGAAGCAGAAGCGAUUGUUUACACCACAACGCGCGGCGGUGAAGCCAAGAAGCGAAGGCCUCUCCUGAAGAGUUCACGCGAGAUUUUCAGGUUUUUCUGUCAUUGUUGUUGUUAUUCUUGUUCUUGUUAUUGCGGGCCCGUACCUUUUGCUCGAUCAUCAUCGUUCCAGCGGGAGAAAGACGCGGAAAAGGCACACGACGUAGAGCGGGUACGGAAAACCGGUUAUAUAUAAUCAGAAAUAAUUACAAUAAAUACAUUUCUCGUCUCUGUUUCACCUCUUCGGUGGCGGCCGUGUUCGUGGUUGAACUCUUGAAACAAACUUCGGCGAUCCAUCGUAGUAGAACCACUGGAGGAAGAACUCGCGCACGUACUUAUUAUAGACCAAUCGUGGAUCCGAGCCGGGCAGGAGAAAGAAAGAGGGUUCCGUUCAGGCAGUUGAUGCUUCGACAGGCAUUCGUAUAGUGUAGGGACAGAAAGAAGAAGAAAAAAAAGAAAACCAACCCAGUCAAUAUAACAUAUACAAUCGCAGAAAAUUAAAACGCUGAGAAAAGGUGUAUUUUUAGAAGCUAGAUUUCCAAACAAUCCAGAGCGCAGAGGUGAUUUGUGAAUGAGCGGUUAGCGAUAGAACGAAAGAGAGAUAUAGAGACAGUGCGAAAGAGGAAAUAAUUAAAGUUAAGUGUUGUUUUUUGCGCUAGGGUUAGAAAAUUUACUAGAACUUUUUGCGCUAAAAAAUAACCCCUGUAUUUGUCGGUCGAAAACUCAAUCGAAUUUGAUCGAAUACAAAUACAACUAGCUGGUAAGACUACCGAUUAGGAGAAAGCGUUUUGACAAUCAAUUCAAUCGCUGUACUGACCAAUCAGGAGCACGUGUGAACGUGCCCCAAAUCGUGUCCGUGUUUCCCAACUCUGACAAUCUAUCAAUUUCUGAAGAUAAAAAAUUUACAAACUUGCACAUAUCCUUAGAAAGCUAGCUGUCUACGCGUAGCAAGCGAUUCGUAGUAGGAACCGCUCCCCCGACAAUCAUUCUGAAUCUGUGACAAUCUAUUCUACACAUUUCCGCCGCGUUAAGGCACCCUAGAGUGUAAGACCGUUCUUAGACGUUAAGACAUUAAAACCAGUUCAAUUAUCAAGACAAAUCACUAGCUGAAGAUAAGAAGAUUACAGGCAAUCGUUACUUAGCUCUAUCAGAUCCAACAACCGUAUUGAUGCAAUUGCUCCUGUUAGGUGUUAACCGAAGACUACAGUAAGACAGAUUAAAACAAAAACAAAAGAAAAAACAAAACCCCAACCUUCGACCAACAACCAAAAAAAAAAAUUCACGUCACCACGUAUUUCCGACCGGGUCCGAUCUUUUGUCCCCCCUUUGUACCGCCGCCGCUGCCGUCACUGCUGCAGCAGCAUUCGCCGUCUACCGUAGUCGGCCAACCGAUCGGUUCGAGUCCACCGUCUGCCUAUCCGGCGCAGUUCCCACUGUUUCCCAAUUCCCAUUCAACUCCUCCACCACCACAACCAUCGUCCUCAUCCACCUGUUCGUCAUCGUCGGCCGCAACCAGCUCCUCCUCCGCAGUCUACGGUAACGGUUUCGGCUGUAACGCGGCUCAACAGUUGUGCUACUGCGGUCACUGUACCUACCACCAACAACAACAACAGCAGCAACAACACACCCAUCACCACCACCACCACCACCCCCAUCAUCACCAACAGCAGCUGCUUCUCCAGCAGCCCCAACAGGCUACCACGGCUACCAUCAUACCGCCCACCCUCAUCCUUAGCCGCUUCACCGAGAUCAAUCUCGGCACCGGGAACAACUCGCUAAGCGGAAGCGACCCCAGCCUAGCGUCCAGCAGUAUUCCCACCGGCAAAGAGAUAAUGGUAAGAUUCACAAGCGACAUUCUACCGUCCACGUUACACCAUCACCACCACCACCACCAACACUCUUCGUUCCUGCCGCCACCGGUGCCAUCAACGCCGCUGUUGGCGGCGACCGCUGCUACGACGAUUCCGUACGGAGUUCCCUCGCAAACGCCACUCUAUUCAACGCCACCUCCACCGCUACCACUUCAGGCAAACUACGCUAGCUAUCAUCCGUCGUACGGUUACUACCAUCAGCAUCUACAGGACGCCCUGAUCAGCUCCAGUUCACAUCAGGCGAUGGUUCAACUGUACGCCACCGGUGACAGCACGAUCUCGUCGACCUCGUCGAACUCACCGAACUCCUCCUCCUCAUCCUCUGGCAAGACGCAAACCAACGGAAGCAGUCGUCACUUCGUAGCCACCGCGGCGAACAACGGUGGCAGCAGUUGUAACCCUAGCAUCAUUCAAACUCCCUACGCUUAUGCUACCACUUCUCCUACUACUGCUACUUCUUUUACUACCACCAUCACCACCACCACUACUACCACUACCACUACUAUCAACUCUGCUACCACUAGCACCUCUUAUAAAAACAAGGUACUACUGCAACUUGACAAGCAUCUCGCUUAUUGUUUUUUUUUUCGGUGUAUUUUUUGUUUUAAGAGUUCAGUUUUCUGUUACCCUAACCUAUAAUGUGCAGUUUUCCGAACCUCAUAUUGUUUGUUUGGACAGUCGAAAAUGCCCUCACCAAUUACAUUACACUAGCAGCAAUUAUUCAUGGCCUGGUUGUGUAGCAGAAGCUCCGUUGAAUUCAAACAACUGUGGUGAAACAGAUAAAUAAUCACUUGGUCUACAACGAGACCGAUGGUUUAGAGAACCUUACAUGGUGAUUAAAUUGAGUGUCCCGUAAGCUACAUCCAUAUUUGGUUCGAUGCUAAUAAGAUGUUCUAAAAUUUUUAGUGCCUCUGGUAGGAUCGAAACUUGAGUAUACCAAAUUUGCAGACGCCUGAUCAGCAACGAAUUAAAUAUGGGUGUGGCUUACACAAAAAAAUAAUUUUAUCGACUAUAAGUAAACUGUUCUGAACCGUCGGAAUUGCUUAGAAAUAUGUACAAAAAUUUGCUGACAGAAGUGAAAAUAUCGAACCGUUUUUAGCACGCGUACCGUAAUGGAUACAUGAGUAUUUUAUUGUGUCAAUGAUUGCUGCACCAAUCCAAUGUAAUACGACCUUCAUUACAAAACUACAAAUUGUGGGCUCCAAAUUUGCUGUUGUUCCCUUUCCGAAUGAUUUUAUGAAAAUCAGAUUUGUCAUUAUCACCCUUACUUCGGAUUUUAAUACAAAAUUGGAAAAUAUUCUUCUGCUCAGAUUGUGCAAAAAUUGGCUAAUUACACGGAAACAAAAUGUCCCCAAAAUCGUGAAUAAAGUGUCAUGAAUUCUGGAACAAUCACGUUUUUACGUUACGAAACCAGAACGAUGAACAAAAAUCGUGUGUUUUCUAAUUAUGUUCAAUUUCCCUUCAGUAACGGCCGCAUAACACUGUUAUCAGUGAAAAUGUUUGUUUUUAUUUUGUGAACUUCAGUCACGGUUUCCGCCAUGUCUUUACUCCAUCGAUUUUCUGUACUUGAACCAGUUCACAGCCUUAUGAACAUCAUUUCACUUAUGAUAUUAUUCAUUAGUUCACAAAAACAUUCUCGUUAUUUUCUUGUGAAAUAUUUCACGAAAUUGGAAAUUUUAUUCAUGGGUCCAUUCAAUCCUCGUGAACUAAUAUAUAAUAUAUUAGUCACGUUCCAAUACCCGUGCUCGU